AUGACACAGAUUGUUUCAUCGAAACCUUAUUGUCUUGAAAAUUCUACUCAAUUAACUCGUCCAGCUUCUGAAACAUUCUAUCGUAUCUCAGGUCACAAUGUACCGACGAUUAUCGACAAACAGCAAGCCAAACGUUUGUAUCGACUUCAGCAAGCACCAAAUAUAGAUGCACGUGUUCAAUUGGAUACAUCUGACGUUGGUUAUGAUAGACAAGGAUAUUUCGAAAGUGUUGUGCGGAAACAAGUCGGUGACAGCGCUAUGCAACCAACUCAACAAGUGUUCCAUCGACCAACGGACAUGUCGAAUGCAUCAUUGGCACGAUUCUCACUUGGCAAAGCUCGGCUUGAUCCUCAAAGAAUUGUACCAAGUGAAGUAACGACACUACGCAAUCAUCCAUCUGCGGUAACAAUGCUCCGACAUGAUCAAGGUCCCACAGAAGAAAUUGUACCACGUUAUACAGAAAGAUUAGUAACAGAUCGCGCUCUUCGUGGUCGACUUGGUCCAGGAGGUAAAUUCGAAUUGUUCUACAAAUAUUGUACCAAGUUGUAUAUUUCGUCAGGUGUUUUGAUUCCUGAAGAAGAUUGUAGAGAAGCUGAAAUCUAUCUUAGAAAAUUAGGUCGCUCAUCAGCUCCCGCAAGUCUAGUUCAACAGUCAAGAUUGAAUCAAUCGGGUAAUCAAUUAUCAAAACGUGAUGAACUCGCCCGGCGUUUUAUGUAUACUUCAACUCAACAAGCUGCUUUCGAUGAAGUUGCAUGGGAUUCAAAAUUACCACCAAAACUACCUAUGCCAUUGUCUACGUAUGAAGUUAACGGAAGUGAUCCAGUUUUACAAUCAAAACGUCUAAUAUCACUUCAAGACGCACGUACACGUCAAAUCCUUGAAUGGGAUCGUGUACAAUUGCGAAAUGUUAAUUUCUAUCGAAAACCUCUCGAGAAUGUUGCACCAUUACCACGUGCACAUCACAUAUCCGGUUAUUCAGGUUGUAUCGGUGGUAAUAAUAUACAAGAUAUCGAUAAUCCAACUGUUGAUUUUCAACCAUAUACAAUCGUUCGUAGUGAUCAGCCGAAGUUCGGUAUCAAUCCAUUUAAAACAAAUAUUCCAUUCUACACGGGCAAAUCUCAUUGGACUAAGACUACACCGGUAUCACACUACGAUUCGCAAGGUCAAGCUUACACCACAACAGCUGAAUACCAUAAACCUCUUUAUGUUGAUGAACCUAUACAACGACAUACGGAUCAAAAUGGGCAAUUAUCUCGAUCAGUAACGACAGUUGUUCCCCAAAAUCCGUUCAAUAAAAUGGAUAAUACUUGUACAACAACUAACGGUUCAUUAGAUAGUCGCUCGCAUAUUGUCAUGAGAGAUUUACCACGAAGCACAUCGUCACCAUCAAAAACGGCAAAAGCAAAUGAAAACAAAACAGAAAAGACUGAAAAUAAUCAAAUGAAGAAUUGA